GGUGUACGCUUCAAAAUAAAGCUGUCAAAAGAGACCGAGGUUCAGCUACUACAUAAACAACCAUACACUCUCGCUGGGAGAUUCAAACAAUGUACUAAUACAGAGGUGGACUCCGACCACAGACAUUUGACACAGACGGUGUAAGUCUGACAGUGUUGUGUAGUAGUUGUGUAGCAGACAUUAGGGGUGGGCGGACUUUGGCCGUGUUGGGGAAGAGCUCAAAGCGGAGGUAGCCUUGACUGGAACACGACUCCUCCUAGCAAACAUCGUUACCAUCUUCUGACAGACUCGAGUCCUGUAUCGUGUGUCACAAAGCUCCUCCACAGUCAGACAUGGCUGCCCAGUGUGUAACCAAGGUGGAGCUGACUGUGUCCUGUAACAAUCUCCUGGACAAAGACAUCGGCUCUAAAUCGGACCCCCUGUGUGUCCUGUUAAUGAGCACCUCUGACUCUCAGUGGUAUGAGGUGGAACGCACAGAGAAAGUCCAGAACUGUCUGAGCCCAAAGUUUGCCAAAAAGUUUGUCAUCGACUACUACUUUGAAAUAGUGCAGAAACUGAAGUUUGGGAUUUACGACAUUGACAAUAAGACUAUUGACCUGAGUGAUGAUGACUUCCUGGGGGAACUGGAGUGCACCUUGGGCCAGGUUGUGUCUAGUAGAAAACUGACCCGACCACUCGUCUUGAAGAACAAGUCGCCUGCAGGAAAAGGGACCAUCACAAUCAGUGCAGAGGAAAUAAAAGAUAACCGGGUGGUGAACUUUGAGGUGCAGGCGAGGAAACUAGACAAUAAGGAUUUCUUUGGGAAGUCUGACCCUUACCUGGAAUUUUACAAGCAGACAGAAACUGGAUGGCAGCUGGCUCACAGGACAGAGGUGGUGAAGAACAACUUGAACCCUUCAUGGAGACCCUUUCGGAUCCCGCUGCAGUCUCUCUGUGGAGGAGACAUGGACAAACCCAUAAAAGUCGAGUGUUACGACUAUGACAACGAUGGGUCACAUGAUCUUAUUGGAUCCUUUGAGACCACAAUGACUCGCCUCCAAGAAGCAUCACGGACAUCUCCGGCAGAGUUUGAAUGCAUCAACAGUAAGAAGAAACAGAAGAAGAAAGGCUACAAAAACUCUGGUGUUGUGAGCGUGAAACAUUGCCAGGUGGUGAAGGAGUACACGUUCCUGGAUUAUAUUAUGGGAGGUUGUCAGAUCAACUUCACUGUGGCUAUUGACUUCACAGGCUCCAACGGGGAUCCCAGGUCUCCUCAGUCUCUGCAUUACAUCAGUCCUCAGGGUGUUAACGAGUACCUCUCUGCUAUCUGGUCUGUGGGCAAUGUCAUCCAGGACUAUGACAGUGACAAGAUGUUUCCUGCCUUUGGCUUUGGAGCCCAGAUUCCUCCUACAUGGCAGGUUUCCCACGAGUUUCCUCUCAAUUUCAACCCAUCAAACCCAUUCUGUGCAGGUGUUGAAGGGGUAGUGGAGGCCUACAGGGUGUGUCUGCCCCAGGUCAAACUUUACGGCCCCACCAACUUCUCCCCAAUCAUCAACCAUGUGGCCUGCUUCGCUAAGCAAGCCCUCCAGCAGACCACUGCAUCUCAAUACUUUGUCCUGCUCAUCAUCACUGACGGAGUGAUCACAGACAUGGAUGAAACCCGCAAUGCCAUCGUCAACGCCUCUCGUCUGCCCAUGUCCAUCAUCAUCGUUGGAGUAGGGGGAGCAGACUUCAGUGCCAUGGAGUUCCUGGAUGGUGAUGAUGGACGUCUGCGUUCUCUGUCCGGCGAGGCCGCCAUGAGGGACAUUGUGCAGUUUGUGCCGUUCAGGCAGUUCCAAAAUGCUCCCAAAGAAGCGCUGGCAAAGAGUGUGUUGGCAGAAGUUCCAGGUCAGCUGGUAGAGUUUUUCAAUACCAUGAAACUGAGUCCACCAAACUCCAGUCCUGCACCGAACCCUGCAGGGACCAUCUGAUGCUACAGGGAAGAAACCAGUAACAGACCACUCUCCUGUCCAGCUUCAUCACAGCACACACAUAGAUCGCCUAAACCCCUCAUCUCUUUUUUUGCACCUUCGUAAUGAAACACCAGCCUGCAGCUUAGACAGUGACAACCAGUCUAACCACACACUGUACAUCCUCUGUCAGUACUCCACACUGUUGACCAGUCUCUCUUUUAACAGCGUCAGAAUAGGUCUAGCUGUAGUUAGAUAUUAAUAUCCAUGUAUGUUCUAUUUAACAAGUAGUAUCCAGUGCUGCUGCUUCUUAAAACAAUCAAAUCAUUCCAUUAUUUUAAAAGUUGAUAAACAGGGAACUGUGCUCUUCAAAAAGUUUGAAAGAUAAACAGCACAAUUAAUUAAGCCUUCAGUGUUUCUGUAGUACUCACUGAGAUAAGAUGCCUUUUAAAAACGUAUCAUUUUAGAAACUCUACAUCAGGUUAGGAAUGACCCUGCUGCUGCUUUUUAAUACAUUUUAAGACUGUGCAGUUUAUUUUUAUGCCUGAUUAAUGGCUGCAGCAUCAAGUUACAGUAGCUAUGCAAGUGGCUUUUACACACUAAGAUAACAAAGAGCGUCUUUAAAUCAUGGCAUCAGUAAAUGCAUGAGAAUCCUCUCCACGUAUAUUGCUUACACCCUCGGAACGAGCUGCAGUACUACUAGUAGCAUCAUUUUUACAUACAGUAUACCAAGUAGCUGUGUAGUUGUGACUGUAGUUGGCACAAUGAGAAUAUAUUUGCCUAAAUGUCUUAUUGUUGCACAUGCUUCCCUUUGCACUCAGCUGUAGUAACAAGAUAAACUGAAGAGGUCCAGUAUUCACUCAUUUGAGUCUGUCAUGUGCCAUUUGUGUGGGUUGUAAUCCCCUGUAUACCCAGAGUUAUUAAUACCUUAAAGUAUCUGAAAUAUUGUGAUAAAUGGAAAGUCAUCUUGUAAUAGAUUUGGUUGUAUUGUGCCAAUCUCAUCACCCACAAUGUGUUUGUUAAUUUGCUCUGCCAGUUACUUCUGUUAACUUGGUCUUUCACAUUCUGAUUAACAAAGACACUUCGGGAUAGUUUCCUGAACACCGGCAGUGUGUGACCACUGAAUUAUGAUGUAGUCAAGGUUAAAUUUGUUUUUAGGAAACUGGCUUUAUAUAUGUAUACACUUAGUUGUCAGUUUAGCUGGGUGUUCCUAAUAAACUGACAUCUGAGCCUAAUUAAUCACACCCUCCCUGUAGAGAGUAUAUACAGUGCUGUUUAUUGAAAUCUAUGCAUGUUUACUGCAAGUCAGUCUAGUCCCAUUGUAAUUUGUUUAUUAUUAUUUUUUUAUAUUUAGUACCAUGAAAUCUAUAAAACAUGUAUGUGAUGUUUCAUGUUGUGUAUCAGCUACUUAGUGUUGAGCAGAAAUAGAUAAUGUGCCUUAGUGCUAACAUCCCAAAAGUGCUUCAAGCUUACAAAUAAAGUAUCUCUUAUUCAGUACAAACUGAACCUAACACUUACUCAACACAUUUAAAGGAUGGUCAUGGUCAGUCCUCAAGACUAUGUCCUUACAGAAAGUCACCAAAGGCUGAAGUCACUUCUUUGUUGUCACUGGGACAAGAACAGUGUUUGGCUAUUAUAGACAGUAGUAUGAUUAUAUGAUGGUAAAAGCUAUUUUUGUCUACAGAUGUGCACAGUUUUCCUCUGACUACAGUAAUUUGUAUUUCCUGUUCUCUUUACUGCAAUUAAUAGAAUUAACACAAUGGACAUAUUAAAAUAUGGGGACCGUUUACUUAA